UUAGCAUGUCUGGUGACGUUACGCUCGGUCAGCUGGUUGUGUGUUUACAGCAGAAGAUAACGAGGCUGUGAACGCGCGUCACCGGGGAACCUGCUGCUGCUGCACCCGGCUCUCCCUGCGGCAGCACGUCCUGAUCAGCCGGAGAUCGGCUUCGGUGGGGACAGGACACCUAGAAGGACGGAGCCAGCCCCGUUACACGCAGCGGGCUGAGCUGUGCUGGUGUCGGGAAUUGCUCCUGUGCCAGGAGGCGGAGCUAGUUGCCAGGUGCAAUGGGAGGGGCUGUGAGUGCCGGCGAAGACAAUGAUGACUUGAUUGACAAUUUGAAGGAGGCUCAGUACAUCCGCUCUGUAGAGGUAGAACGGGCCUUUCGAGCCAUUGACCGGGCCGACUACUACCUUGAUGAAUUUAAAGACAAUGCGUAUAAAGACUUAGCAUGGAAACAUGGAAAUAUUCACCUUUCUGCCCCUUGCAUUUAUUCCGAGGUGAUGGAGGCUCUGGAAUUGCACCCAGGGCUUUCAUUCCUGAACUUAGGCAGUGGGACUGGUUAUCUCAGCACUAUGGUGGGACUAAUCUUGGGACCCUUUGGUGUCAACCAUGGAGUUGAGCUGCAUCCAGAUGUCAUUGAAUAUGCAAAGCAAAAGUUGGAGCUAUUUGUCCGCACCAGUGACAGCUUUGACAAGUUUGAUUUUUGUGAGCCAUCCUUUGUGGCUGGGAACUGCCUGGAAAUUGCUCUAGAGUCCUCUGCAUACGAUCGCGUGUACUGUGGAGCUGGUGUCCAAAAAGAACAUGAGGAGUAUAUGAAGAAUCUGCUGAAAGUGGGCGGGAUCCUUGUUAUGCCACUCGAAGAGAAGCUGACCAAGAUUACACGUACUGGCCCAUCAACAUGGGAAACCAAGAAGAUCCUGGCUGUGUCUUUUGCUCCUCUUAUGCAACCAAAUAAAGCGGAUGCAGGAAAGAGACAGGCUCUCCAUUUGCCCCCUCCAAAUGUGCGCUCCCUACAAGACUUGGCUCGCAUUGCCAUCAGGGGCCGUAUUAAGAAGACUAUUAAUCGGGAGACUAGCAGUAGAGGAAGUGGAGUGUUGAAAUACCCACCUCGUUACAAACGCAAGCGUCUGCGCAGGCGUCGGAUGGAAACAAUAGUCUUCCUGGACAAAGAGGUAUUCGCCAGCCGUAUCCCAAACCCCUUUGAUGACAACAAUAACUGUGAAGACGUAGAGGAAGAACAAAGGGAUGACGAUGAGAGAAUGGUUCCUGAGUCAAAACCAGAUCCUCCUGUUAACUUUCUGAGAGAGAAAAUAUUGUGCUUGCCUCUUCCAGACCCUCUGAAAUACUACUUGCUCUAUUACAGAGAGAAAUAAACGCCAUGCCUUAGUCAGAUGAGGACAAGCUUAUUGUAGGGCUCCACAGACUGCAAAGUAAGGUAACCAGCACUGUCUGGUUUCUUUCUGGUAGUGGUGAGCGUGAUUAUUUUGCCUUUGACCAUUAUUCCUUCUGCUUGGCAACCAUAUAUGUGUUGUUUUUUUUUUCUUUCUAUUGUCCAAGCAACCUGGUCAACGGUCUGAAAGGAAUCCAAAGUGUCCACUCAGUUUUAACCGCACUUCCUUAACACCUGCUUCCUGUUUAGAGGUUUGGCUAAACCUUUUACCGCAUUGGUGCUUAUUUCAACAGCUUUUAAAAAGCACAACGGUUUUCCUGCCAGAUUGUGGAAAGGCAUGUUGUGUGUCCACUUGACAUGACCUAGAGUAAUCUACAUCUUCUGUCCCAAAUGGUUUAUGGAGCUUCUCCACAACUUGGAAUUCAAAUCAGCAAAGAUUCUUUCCACAGCGAGGUGAAUUAAGGCAUUAAUAUGUAGUAGCUUACUGGACAGAAACGUCUCCCUAUGGUCUGGUUCUAUAUGAAUGGUAAAUCAUGGAAAGUUCUAAUACCACGUUGAACAUUGGUGGCUCCACAGAUGCUGUGGACCACUUUAUCUGAUUAUACUGAAGCCGUCUGCAAAAGCAUACACAUUCUCAGAUGAAGCAUUGAUGCCCCCAUACUUUUUAAUACUGCCUUGUGUUGUGUUUAUUUUUUUAUUUUUUUUUGUAUCCCCUAGUGAUGUUGGGCCAUGUAUAGGGUCGCCAUUGGUCAGUGGUUGGAGAGGACAUUGCUCUGACAUCCCUCAGUAUUCUCCUUAGUAUAUUGACGACCCCUCCCCUCUGUAGGCCAACAUUUUGAAAUAACAAUGUUUUUAAAAGAUCAUGAGAAAAUGUAAAUGAUCUGGUUUUGUUGGUUAUAAGUGCAAGUACCACCCAUUUGAUGUGUUUGUUAUCCUGACUCUCUUGAUUAAACCAGCCAUGCUUCAUGACGUCCCAUCAUUCAAACUGUGAUAACCAAAUGUGUUGUCAGAUGGUAGAGACAAAAUGUUCAUGUUACACAAUUUAUAUUGGCAUGUAUGAAGACAGAAUGCAAUUUGAAGAGAAUUAUAAAUAUUAUCAUUUAGUAGUGGACAGUACAGUGGUGCUUGCAGUACUGGGUGUAUCCACAAGAUGGUGCUAGAUGUGUAGUUAAAUUAAUCAUGCACAUAUUCUGUGUGUGACCCUAGAGUAUAAGCAGAAAUAUAUUGUAUAAGUAUAUUCAUUACUCUAAUUUCUAAAGUCUGUGUGGGGGGAUGAUCAAAUGCGGGGGCCUGACUGUUUGGGUAAACCUAGUUUGAAUCGCAGCAUAGAAUUAUAAUUAUUUUUGUUUUAUAUAAUAUGAAAAUAAACAAUUGUACACACUCAG